GGCUUGGUGGUCGUUGCAUCAAUGGCGGGAAGAUUCGGGGAUGGGAAAUCCGCCAAAAUUCACUGACAUAUUUUUUCCUUUUCCGGAUUUAAAACCAUUGAAUUCACCACAAUUUUCCUCACAUGUCUUUCCUCGAAGAAUUUCAAGCCAACCUGGAAUCAUUACCCAACAUUAUUCAAAAGAAGUAUGCUUUGCUGCGUGAUCUAGAUCAAAGUUUGCAAGGGCUAGUUAAACAGAAUGAGCAACGCUGUGAACAAGAAAUCGAGGAUAUUAAGCGGGGAGUUAAAUGUGGAAACAUUACUCCUGAUACUUCACUUAUCAGAUUCUCUGAUGAAGCACUUGAUGAGCAGAAACAUAGCAUUAGAAUUGCCGAUGAAAAGGUUGCCCUUGCUGUUCAGGCAUAUGAUUUGGUAGAUACCCACAUACAACAGCUUGACCAGUAUUUGAAGAAUUUCGAUGAAAAGCUUCGACAUGAAAGAGAAAGUGCUGCUGCAACUGGGUUACCAGCUUCAAGUGUGGAUGGUAGCACAAAAUCUGGAAGGGGAAUGGAAGGUGGUAGAGGGCGUAAAAAAACACGUCGUGGCCAGGCUGCGGCUGCUGCAGGAGAAUUAUCAACUGCUGCAACUCCCACAGGAAUGGAACUAGAAUUACCCGUUGAUCCAAAUGAACCAACUUACUGUCUUUGCAACCAAGUUAGUUACGGCGAGAUGGUUGCCUGUGACAACCCAAACUGCAAGAUCGAAUGGUUCCAUUUCGGCUGCGUUGGUCUCAAAGAACAGCCAAAAGGAAAAUGGUACUGUUCAGAUUGUGCUGGCUCGAAAAAUCGCCGAAAAGGCAGAUAAUACAGGUACCAGAUCAGGAGUCUGCCUGCUGCCUCAAUUUAUAUGAAAGCUUCUGCAGAUCCUGCUCAGUUAGUCCUUAAAUUACUUGCAAUCAUUGUAAAUACUGUUUUUUGGUUUAAUGCUGUCUGUUUUUAGUGGCCACAAAAGUUUGGUAAUUGUGGAAUAUCUAUUAGGCAGUAUAGCUCCAAAUCAUUAGCCUAAUAAGCCCCCUUUUCCCCCUUCCCUCAUCCCAGUAGGGUUGAUCAAGUUUCUGCCAGAAAAUGUACAACUCGUGAGGUUUGAAGUGGGCUUUAGAACCAUUGGAGUAACCCAAUAAUUUUAUUUGUGUCCAACGGUUAUUCCUUCUCCGUAAUUUGUUAAUUAAGAUAAAUAUUUAUAUGAAAUACUAAAUCUUUUAAUUGAAUGA